AUGAGUACUCGGUACUCGCUGCGCGAAAGGAAGCGCGCGCUGAAUUACGACGAAACCAAAGUUUAUCGUGACUCGGAUGAGACGGGUGAUUCGGAGGACGACACGCCGCGCCAGAAAGGUCGAGGCGAGACUCUUUCUCGCGAUAAUAAUGGGGGUGACACCACCGACACUUCUUCUCUGCCUGCCAUUGAGGCCAAAGAUUCAGAGCCCCAAGUGAAGACCGUUGAAGGCGAGGCCACGCGUAAAGGACCUGCUGGGGCCGGUUCCAUGGUUGCAUUUGCUUCUCGCAAGUCGAAUGGCCUUCCCAAUGCUAACCACACCGUCCCCACGCUGAGGCAUCCUGUUGGAAACGGCCUCGGCAGCUGGCGGCCAGGAGCCAUUGGCAGCUGGAAACAAGAGUCCAACUUUUGGGAGUCGAACUUGUUGACCAAAGAUACGACCCAGCUGUUGAAUAGGCCUGCUGCUGGUGUUAUGAAAGAGGGUCCAGCCAUGCCACGAGCAACAGGCUCUGGCCUUGGAGGUUCCCUGGCGAAUGAUGUUCCCGCUCAACAGAAUGAUUCCCUCUCCCAGUCAGGCGCUGUUGACAAAUCUGAGAAUAACCCAGGGGGAUGGGAUUCGGGCCAGCUAGUUUCCUCCGCUCUGGGUUCUUCCUCGAAGGAUAUUGCUGGAGAGGCACAGGCCAAGGACGACAACCAUAAGGGUUCGGAGCAGUCACCGGCAGUGGAGGCGCAGGAGAGAGAGCCAGCGGUUCCUAGCCAUCCUGGUUCUUCCAUCUCAUCGGGCGUGCAUUUCCCAGAACAGCAGAUGGUGAACACGGCAACACAUGCAACCUCGCAUUCGACCAACGGCCUGCCAAUCGACCCCCGUGUCGACUCGAUCGUUGCCCCGCCUGGCGGCCCCCUUUCAGCAUCUUUCAAUUCUGGGCUGUUGCCGUUUCGCCUUGACACAUCUGUUCCCCUCGCAAGCCAGAAAACUACCCCAGGCUUCUUCGAUCGGAAUCUCUCUUCAUACAUUCUUGGCCUUCCCACCGUCCAGAAAAAUCAAGCAAUGGCCGACGGAAACGACAACGCGUCGGGCGACGCGCAGUGGAAUCAACCCAACUACUUCGGCGACAAUAACAUCGGAAUGCAGUCGGCACUCGGAAACGCCGCUUUGAAUGCCGCCCAGGGGUCGGGAAAUUCGAACGCCCUGAGCUUCGUCGCCGAAUACGGAGAAGAUCAAAACACCAACCCCGACAAUUUCCGCAAGCAGCAGGGUGGUUUUGACAACAAUCCACGCGACAGCAUGAACCCCAACGCGCUCCAGAACUUCAACUUCGGCUCUGCCGUCGAUGCCAACGAUCCGAACGUCGACCCUGCUGCAGGCAAUCAAGAUCUUGUCCAUCUGUUCCUCAAUUUCAACGAGCAGGCAGGCCCUUUCGCGCCCAUGGAGCACGGCGGUAACGGUCACGGCGACCAUGAUCACCACCACAUGCACCCCGUCCACCCGUCCAUGGGCCACGGCAACAGCGGUAACGGUCAACAUCACGACAAUCAGCACAUCAUGCACCCUGCCCACCCGCCCAUGGACCACCGCCACAGCGGUAACGGUCACCCUCACCAUGACAAUGAGCACAACAUGCUCCCCAUUCACCCGCCCAUGGACCACAACGGUGCCGGUGCCGGUAACGGUAACGGCCACCACGACGACCAGCACCCCGUCCAUCCAGUCCACCCAUGGUUCACCGGCAAAUCCGAAGUCAACUACGAUGACCCAGCCCUUCCCCGCUUGCCCACCACCGCAGACAAGCCGUACACCCCGCCGCAGCUCCCUCAUCUGCCGCGCUUCCGCGCAGAGCGCGUCCACCGCGUGUUCCUCGCCCCGCGUCGUUUCCUACCCAUCAUCGGCCUGCUGUAUCCCGACGCCGAUUUCAUCGUCGCACGCCACCCCGCCUCACAGCACGUGGCGCUGCGCAUGGUCGGCCGCGCCAUGGCCCGCGCUGCGGCGCUCGAUCUCUGCCUGCACGACGCAGACGACGCUGGCAACAACAACUUGAAUAACUGCAACAAGGAAGAGCAAGAUGAGGCGCUGUUCGCCAUCUGCCUCUGGCGGCGCGACUGGCCGUCUGGCGGAGCUGCACGCAUCAAGAACACAGAGGAGGACAAGCAGAAGCUGAAUGCCGUGCUGGGUACCUUUGGGAGCCUGCCGCGCCAGGGAGGCGAGGAGGUUGAGGUGUGGAAUUACUGGCGCGACGGGGAGCAUCACCUGCGCGUGGUGAGGGGAUAUCGGGCCAGAGGGGUCGAUGGGCAGCGGUAUGAUGAUCGGACUCUUGCUCUGUGGGCGGCGUCUAAGAAGGGGGUGGUGCUGGAGGAUAAGCUGGGCAAGGAGAUCCUGGCGUUCAUGUGCGAGCCGCCGCAGCACGAGGAGAUUCAGGGUGGUGCUGGUGGUUCGAGGGCGAAGGGUGUCAAGCGUAAGACUAAGCGCGGUCGGCAGGCGGGUGAGGAAGAUGAGGAGGCCGAGGAGGAGGAGCAGGAGGAGGAGUGA